AUGGAAAGAGAUACAGAGCACAAAGAAAAUGAGGAUGCAAUGGAUAUUGACCCUCAGGAGUCUAAUGUAUCAAGCUCUCUACCAUCCACUCUGCCUAUAGAAAACUCUAAUGAAUGGUCAACUCCAUUGGCGUCUUUUUUGUUCUGCACUUUUUUGCUUUCCUCGUAAAUUUCGUCCCUGCAUACACUUGAGAAUUAAACUUUUUUUCGAGCAAAAUAAGACAAAGAAAAAUUUUCGGUAAUUAGCUUCGAGCAAAUAUCUCACUAUCAAAAGUGGUAGAGCUGAUAGCAUGCAGCCAAAUCCAUAUGAGAAUAAGCAAGGCCAAGAAAAUAUAGAAUCGUCCUCAGAAAAUCUUACAUGGGAGGAAGUCCUGAGAAAGAAAUUUGGUUACUAUUACAAUGAUGAUGGAUGCUUAAGAUCUGUUGAAGGUGAUAAUCCAUUUAAAUUCGUUGAUCAAAAGCAUUAUGAAGCCCUUGGAGAUGUCAUUGAAAAAUACAUACAAGAAAGACUUGUUUCCUAUUAUAAUUUAGAUGAAGUAAAAAUCCCACUCCCAGAGCAUGAUCCAGGAACCAAUAAAUGCAAUAUUUUUGCAACCAAAGACUGGCGAUCAAACGAAGAUAAAGCUUUAAUUUUGAUACAAGGAGCUGGAGCUGUUCGGGCAGGGCAAUGGGCAAGAUCAGUCUGCAUCAAUGAUUCUUUAAAAACUGGGACAGUUUUUCCUUUCCUUGAAGAGGCAGCAAAAGACGGAUACUCUGUGAUUAUUUUAAAUCCAAAUUAUAACUAUAAUCCAGAAACCAAAGAGAGAAUUCCAUAUAAUGGAAGCUUAGAAGAGCAUGGAAAUUAUGUCUGGGAAAAUUUCAUAAGGCUAAAUCCUGCCAGAGAACUAUAUAUUGUGGCUCAUUCUUGCGGAGGAAUUUCAACAAUGUGCUUGCUGAAAAAUUAUUGGGAAGAAUUCAGAGGAAGGGUAAAGGCAAUUGCAUUUACUGAUUCAGUUCAUGGUGGGAUAGGAGCAUUGAAUGCUGAGCAAAAAGCAUUUUUGGGUGAAGUUGGAUGUGAUUGGGUUGGAUCCAGCAAUCCUAGAGAUCAUUUGGAAAAAACAGUGAGAAAGAGCUAUAAUGGAGUUACAAAUUUAUCAUCUGGGCACCAUAAGCAUGAAUAUACAACUGGAUCUGCUUUUCCCUCAAUAUUUCCAUUUUUCAGAAAUAAAGAGCAAUUUAUUCGCUAA